GGUCUCAUCACUCGCCCUGUGUUGGAGCACUGAGCAGAUCCCACUUGCGCUGUCUUACAUUACUUUCCAGUCGCCAUGAGCUCCCAAGGUCACUCAAAGGAGGGGCACAAUCCGUCAGCUUCACUAGUCCUCCAUGUCGACGUCCUACUCCUCUCCGUCCUCGGUGCUUUCACACUGUUUGCCCUCCCGCGAGCGGUGGUGCGCCUCACGCGCCUCUCGGAAUGGACCCGAGGUCUGUUCCUCUACUCCAGGGCGACCAAGACCAGUGCCACGCCGUCUCGCGUAGCCUCCAACGAUGGCGGAUCCGAGAAGAAGAGCAACGUCAGCGUCCGGGCAGUGGAUGCGAGUGCAUCGACCCUGGAAGCUGGGAGCCCGUCUUCGGGCACCCCGCAGAGGCACAUGUCUUCGUGGUCGUCUGCAUUCCCGGGUCUUAGCUGGUUGUUGGGCAUGCAAGUCCGACAGGGAUACUCGAUCGGGCGCCUGUUGUUGAUUUACGCUUACAUCGGCGUCAUCCUCUAUGCUGGUCUGCUCGAUAGCAACCCAUUUACAAAGCCCGCGCGAGCAGGCCUGGUCACCGUCAGUCAAGUGCCGCUCGUCGUAGUUCUGGCUACGAAGAACAAUAUCGUGGGCGCACUGGUAGGCCAAGGCUACGAAAGGCUCAACUACCUCCACCGCGCCGUUGGACGUCUAGUCAUCCUCGCGAUCAACACCCAUGCCAUCGGCCUCUUGUACGAGUUCGUGAGCGCCGGUCGCUGGAGGGUGGUGGUCACCGUCCCGCACCUUCAGUGGGGCUUAGUCGCACUAGUCUGCAUGGACGUGCUCUUCCUUCUGUCCAUCAGCACAUUCCGCGAGAUGUUUUACCACGUCUUCUACGUUACCCAUGUCAUCGCCUCGAUCUUGAUGAUGGCGGCGGCAUGCAUGCACAGCCCGCAGGCUCGCCCGUACGUCUUCGCGGCUGUAGGCAUCUAUGGCCUGGACCGCAUUCUCCGCGUCGUCAAAACGCGCGUGGCGACUGCACAUCUACGCGCUAUACCUGAGCUGGGCAUGGCGCGGAUAGAGAUCCCUCGCAUUAACGCGGGCUGGCGCGCCGGACAGCAUCUACGACUCAAGGUCUUAUCGCUGGGAAUGGGCGUCUGGGGCUGGGCCGAGCCACAUCCUUUCACUAUCGCGAGCGUAAGCGAGAACCCGAGCGGGGAAGGCCUCGUUCUGAUGUGCAAGAAGGCCGGCGACUGGACUGGAAAGCUGUAUGCCCUAGCGCAGCGAGGCAGCGACGGCGAAGCAGCGAAGGGCAAGGAAGUCACGGUCCUGCUAGACGGUCCAUAUGGCGGCCCAGGGAACACCGUCAUCACCAGCUUCUCCGGCGCAAUGAUCAUCGCGGGCGGCAGCGGGAUCACUUAUGCACUGUCUACAGUCGAGGAGCUCCUCGAGAUGCGCGCGGCCGGGUCCAGCAGCGCUCGUGUAGUUGAGCUUGUAUGGAGCGUUCGGGGUCCUUCUUCUCUAUUCCCUAUGGUACCCCUCUUCAGCCGAUUCCUCGAGCGCGCCCGGUCAUCCGGAGUUGCCCUCCAGAUCUCUGUCUUUUACACGCGUGCUCAAGCAGACGAUCUCAUGCGGUCCCUUCAAGCGCUGCCGGACGGCCUCGACCUCGCGCCAGGCCGACCGCCUCUCGAGCGACUGUUGCUCGGCGUCGUCGAUCGGACAUCCGCAGUCUGUGGCGAGUUGCAGGAGAAGCCGUCCGGCGUCCUCGUUGGCGCGUGCGGGCCAACGCCCCUCACUGAGCACGCAGGGAAUGCCGUCAGAACAUUUGAUCGACAGAAGUUCAAAUCCGUCGGCGGAGUAGAGCUACAGGAGGAGAACUUCUCCUGGUGAGGAAUAUAGACUAUAGCAGCUGACUCCCUUGUACUCCCGCCAUAGAGGAAAUAGAUGGCUGCGGACGCGACGCAUGGACAUUAUGACUUGAAGAUUCGCUCUUUUCUUGGACCUCGUGUAUCACCAGUAUAACCAGUAACUAGAAGACUGAAUUCUCACUUCUUUCCCAUUGUGGACAUCGGGGA